UUUGUAUUGUACAUUUUGUAUGAUGAAAGUAGCAACUCCCAAAGGCGAAGUUUUGUUCAAGCAAAGAGAUAAUAUGAAAAUCCAAACUUAGAUGAUAUAAUCGUUUUUGUCUAGAUUAUUUAAAUGUCAAAUACUGCAUAACUGGCCAGUCUCCUAUACACUCGUUGCGACCUCUUUGAUGUGGCUGCAUGCAAGUCAGAGCACUCUUGCUUUAAAUGGCGGUUCUUCUUCUUCCUUCCCCUGACAUUCAUUCUCUGUAACCCAUCAGCUGUGCAGGUGUCCCUUUGAAAGACAGAGUUAAUUCCCUUGGCUGCUUUAACCUAAAGAGUGAGUCAACACAUCAGCUAAAAGUAAACCUGGUUCAUUAAACGUAUUUGACUAAUUGAAAAAAAUAUAACUGAGAAUUGUUGAAUACAAAUAUGGGAGGCAGAAUUAAGACCAAGGUUAUCAAGUCUUUGAGGGAUUGUGAUCCGAGCGACGCCGAAGAAAAUGGACCAGAGUCAGCGCGUGAUCAGAAUAGCAACGCCGGUCCUAGGAAACCGAGCGACAACAAAGGUGGCAGACAAACGACUUCCGGCAGAGGAAGCCAAGAUGAAGACCCAAUGAUUCUGAACGUGGAAGAGUUCAUCAGGCAGAUGGUUGGAAAUGCCCAACAUCGCUUGCUGGCCCCAACUGACCCAAAUUUGGACCUUGAAGAAAUCAGGAGACUGAUAACGGAAUCUCAGAAUGUCCAACCCAGGGACCUGUCUGACCAGUCUACCAUGUCCACUGAGUUGCCAAUCUACGAGAGUGACACUCCGGACACGUCCCCGAGAGGAAGAGAUGCUAAAAUGAAGAAGAAAACACUUCGACGAAAGCGGUUUGAUCCCACCCACCAGCGACGCCCGCUCUAUCGGCCUUCACCUUUUUUGACCUACAUAAAACCGGAAGACUACGUCUGCGUCCCUAACAACCAUAACCUUCCCACCUAUUGCCAUAACGCUCUACCGUUUCCUUGGGGAGUUCGUCUGCCGCUACCAAAGUCACAGAGGAACUCCCCGGAUCUUCCAGUCUGUUCCCCGCUGCCCCUGUUCCCAUCAGAAAACAUCAUCGCGUUCUCUUACCAACAUUCUUCCAAACAUUACCAGAUCUGCGCGGACAGCAAGGCCGAACAGAAGCUGGAGUGGCUCUGACGUAGCUGUCGGCUGCUGAUGAGAUUGACAGUUGCCAACUCAAAAAGCAGUAUACAUCAUACUGAAAUAGCAACUAAGAUUUAUUUUCAUUUCUUCUACGACCCAAUGUUCCCCCCCACACUUCCCCAUGACAUUCCAAGUGAUAAUUAAUGUAUUGAAUGUUAGUCUGAAAACUAAAAAAAAAAUAUUAUAAAGAAGUAAUAAUAAUAUAAUUUAAUAUCUAUUUGUAAUCUAACAUCAUAAAUUGGUUAAUUCUUUCUUUCCCGUUUUAACCCCCCCCCCCCACACACACACAGAAAGUUAAAAUUCAGAAAUAGUUUUUGUAAAGGGUCCUCCACAAGUGGGGUUUGAAAACUAUAAAAAAAAAAAAAUCUUAGUAAAUCCUCUUGAGCUGACGUGAACACACCCAAUAUUAAGAAAACAGUUGGCACAAUGUGUAGGUUUACGCCCAAGUUUAGCUGUAUUCGAAUAUGAGUUGUUGUUUUUAUCAAUAUGAGAGGCAAAAAAAAGUUUUAUAAAGUCAUGUAGACCUACGCCCUUUAAAUUAUUUUUUUUACUAUACCUCUUAACCAAGACUUCUUUAGCAGGGUGCCUACAUUGAGAAUGACUUAAAUAUGUAGGCCAGUGAUGUGUCCAGUUUUCCUAUACAUUAUGUGCCUACUAAAAACAUAGGUUGAAUCUAUUAAAUUUGUUAACAAAAAAAAAAAAAAAA